CCAGGUACAAGCUAAUACUCAACAAUACUGAUGCCUUGUUUUUUUUGCUCUGUCCGGACCGCAACGCUGUAGCCAAUUUAGAUAUGCUAUAAAUUUAAGAGGUUGCCAUGGCCACGGUGCGCCCAUUGGCCGACGGGCCCCCUACGUGCCGCGCCACGUCACCAAAUCUGAAUAAGGAUGCGCGAAUUACGCGGCGACCAGACAAAGAUGAGGAUCGGGACCGCUUGAAAGUGGGGGAAAGUGCCGGUGCCUCCGCCACCGGGGAAAGCCGCUCCGCAGCGCUGAGGCCAGCAGCCACUCGAGAUACCUGGGGAAGCCCGGAACAGGCGCCGGGGCCUGCGGCCGGUGGCAUGAGGUUGUGAACGCCACCACCCCCCACCCCACUCCGGGCCGCCCAGUGCCAGGCCAGCGAUUGCCCAAGGACUUGACUGGCUGAGUCUUGGUCCGGACCAGACUCGCCCUGUAGCUGCUGAGACAAGAGGCGGAGGGCAGCGGAGGGCCCGGCAGGCCUGAGGGCCAGGGGCCCAAAGGGAGGGCAAGGCGGCCGGAGCCGCCGGGACGCGGGGCUAUGAUGGUGCACUGUGCCGGUUGCGAGCGGCCCAUCCUCGACCGCUUUCUGCUGAACGUGCUGGACCGCGCGUGGCACAUUAAAUGUGUUCAGUGCUGCGAGUGCAAAACCAAUCUUUCGGAGAAGUGCUUCUCGCGCGAGGGCAAGCUCUACUGCAAAAAUGACUUCUUCAGGCGCUUUGGCACCAAAUGCGCCGGCUGCGCACAAGGCAUCUCGCCCAGCGACCUGGUGCGCAAGGCCCGGAGCAAAGUCUUUCACCUCAACUGUUUCACCUGCAUGGUGUGUAACAAGCAGCUGUCCACUGGCGAGGAGCUGUACGUCAUCGACGAGAACAAGUUCGUGUGCAAAGAUGACUACCUGAGCUCAUCCAGCCUCAAGGAGGGCAGCCUCAACUCAGUGUCAUCCUGUACGGACCGCAGUUUGUCCCCGGACCUCCAGGACGCACUGCAGGACGACCCCAAGGAGACGGACAACUCGACCUCGUCGGACAAGGAAACGGCCAACAACGAGAACGAGGAGCAGAACUCGGGCACCAAGCGGCGCGGUCCCCGCACCACCAUCAAGGCCAAGCAGCUGGAGACGCUCAAGGCUGCCUUCGCCGCCACGCCCAAGCCCACGCGCCACAUCCGCGAGCAGCUGGCGCAGGAGACCGGCCUCAACAUGCGCGUCAUCCAGGUGUGGUUUCAGAACCGACGGUCCAAAGAACGCCGGAUGAAACAGCUGAGCGCCCUGGGCGCCCGGAGACACGCCUUCUUCCGGAGUCCGCGGCGCAUGCGUCCUCUGGGCGGCCGCUUGGACGAGUCUGAGAUGUUGGGGUCCACCCCGUACACCUACUACGGAGACUACCAAGGCGACUACUACGCACCGGGAAGCAACUACGACUUCUUCGCGCACGGCCCGCCGUCGCAGGCGCAGUCCCCGGCCGACUCCAGCUUCCUGGCGGCCUCAGGGCCUGGCUCGACUCCACUGGGCGCGCUGGAGCCGCCGCUCGCUGGCCCGCACGCCGCGGACAACCCCAGGUUCACCGACAUGAUCUCACACCCGGACACGCCGAGCCCCGAACCGGGCCUGCCGGGCGCGUUGCACCCCAUGCCGGGCGAGGUGUUCAGCGGCGGGCCCAGCCCGCCCUUCCCCAUGAGCGGCACCAGCGGCUACAGCGGACCCCUGUCGCAUCCCAACCCUGAGCUCAACGAGGCCGCCGUGUGGUAAGGCCGCCGGGCCGCCCCCGGCGCUCGGCCCCCGGGGGCCCCCCGCCCCGACACAGCCUCCUGAAACCAAAACGCCCGAAGUGGACGCAGUGGGAGACAUGGUGUCCCUGGGGGUUCUCUCUCGGGUCCGCAGGCAACCUGCAGCUGCUCCUCGGCCCGGCGCUGAGGGCGGGGCCGACCCCCAUCUCCACCCCGCGGGCUCUCCAGGAGCCCCAGCCCACCGCCAGCGCUCUCCUGGCGACGCGAGCAAUUUCUUGGGACCAAAGUCAAUACUCCGGAGGGUCAAGAGAUUUCAAGCACGCUCUAGACUUUCCCCGGGCCCGCACCCACCCACCACCCACCGCCACCUCUUCGGACUGAGAGAGGGUGAGGCCAAGGGGUGGAGACGGUGUUUUUUCCCCUCUCUGCAAUCCGAGUGGCAUUUUGUAAUCUUAUUUCUCGCUGUACUUUCCCCGUCUUUAAAAAAUAAAAAGAUGAUAAGAAAAGGAGAGAGAGAUUGAAAGAGAGAGCGAGGAAGCGGGGGCAGGAUGAGGAAGUGAGAGAUGGAGAGAGCGUCAGCCAGAGGGAGAAGACGGAGAGCGAGCGAGGAACUCCCGUGAACCGGGAGCCACCGGGAGGGAGACCGAGCCACCUGCACGCUGGCGCUCCCUGGUGGCCAAUCUUGAGGUUCAAGGUCGGCUUCUCUAGGAAGGGGGCUGUGGGUCAGGACGUGGCCAGCCGGGGCCAGCUCCUGCUCUUCCUUACUUUGACGUUUAUGCUGAGCCCGAGGGUGCAGGUCGGACUCGAACACGCGCACAUCCUGCUCUUCCCUUGGGUGAGGCGCCAAGGUUGCUGGGCUCAGACCCACAGAUCACCCUCCCUGCCCGGGGCCUGGAGGCUGGGCCGUCAGGAUGUACAACAUUAUACUUUUUUGGAAGUUGAACGCUUCUAGUUUCCUUAUUUUGUAUAAAGAAGAAACAAAUAAAGUAUGUUUUUGUGUUUACUGUUUAUUUAUUGUACUCUAGUUAUCCGACGCUGGACAUUUUUAUAUUUUUAAGAGGAGGUAGGGCAGAGUGAGGGAGGGGAGUCAGAGAGGUUUACCUAAAAAAAAAACAAAAACAAAAACAAAAAAAACUUUUUUAAAAAAGAAAGAUUAAUAAAAAAAUUCUUUUUUUUCCCUCA